AUGACAUAGUUACCAAAACUUAUUUAAGAAAAUACAUUAUUUGAAUGUAGAGGUAACAUAUUAACAAAUAUGAAGAAUUAAAAUAAUAGCAACAAGAUAAUAUAAUUUUUGAUAAAAACAUGAAAAGUAUAAAAAUACAUAAAUAUAGAGGUUUCGUCUUAAAAGUUGGGCCUACAAAUUUAUACACAUAUCAUAAUUCUUAAGAAUAGAAUAUUAAGGGUUCCAACUUAUAUUUAUAAAUAUAUGUGAUUGAGAAGUUAAAAUUGAUCAUUGAACUUACUUUUAAAGAUGAAGUAUAAAUGGUUAUAAUUAAUAAGUAUUACAAAAUAAUUGUUGGUCCAAAUUUUCAAUAAUCAUACUCUAAAAAUUAAAAUGAAGUGAAAAUAUCAAGUGCAUUUAUAUUAACAAAUAAAUGGAUCAGUUUAGGAUUUGAUGUAGAUAGUUUUUUUAAGGUUGGAGAAAUAUAAUUAAAAAUGUUAAGUAUCCAAUCCCUUUGUAGAUUAAAAAAAAUAUAUGAAUCUAAUAUCACGAGUAAAUUAAAGUAAUUAAUAAUUUAUAAAAAAGUGAUGGUUAAUGUAUUAUUUAAAAGAUUUGUGAAAAAAGAAUAUUGGAAUUAUUACCUUUGAGUAUUAGAGCAUAAUCAGAAAAAUUAGAGGUUAGAUAAAAUUAGUUAAUUAAUUAAUUAAGACGAUAAUCAACUAUCUCUAAUUCUUAAGAGAGAAAUAUUUAGAGUCAAUCAGCCAAGAAAUAAUUUUAAACUAAAUAAAUAAAUUAGAUGUUUUAAGAAUAGACGAAACUCAGCAACUAAAAUGGAUUAAAAGUAAAACAAACUUAAAAUAUGUAAAAUUAAAGAAAUUCCAUUUAAAAAUAAUAUCGUAAAAGUUCUUAAAUAAAUAAAUUAUAAUUAUAAGCGAAGCCACUAGUAUUUGAUUCAAUCUCAACAUACGCAAAUUAAUAUCAAGAAUAAUAAUAAAUAGUUAAAUAGUAAUAACAACUUAUGUAAUCUAAUUCUAACAGAUAGAAAAAGCUACCUCAAACAGGUGUAGUUCUUAUUAAAUAAUUAUCUUAAGAAUGCUUAUUAGAAAAGACAAUCUAGUUAGCAACAGGAUUGCAAGUAAUUGAAGAAGUUAAUUCAACAAAACCUCCUAUACAUUCAAAAAACAAUUCUUCAAAACAAAAUACAUAAGUAUAGUUAUAGAAGAAAGCUGUAAAAAGUUGUCUGAGAUAGAAUCAAGAUUUAAAAAAUGGAAAUAAUUCUAUUAAUGAACCUUUUGAUGAAAUAAAAAUAGAAAACGAUUAAAAACAUAAAUCAUCGUAAGUUAGUUCUGGAGUUAAAGAUGUGUAUUAUGAAUGCGAUAAUUCUGAAUAUUAAACAAAAUAUGGAAAAUUUUCUAAUACUUUUACUCGUCCUUUGGGAUUAUCAUCUUAUAAUCAUAAGUUAAUUUCUUAAUAGUCCACUCAUUAGAAUUAAGGUAGUACAAAUGAGUAUUUUUAUUUGAGUAGUUAAUAAAUUGAAUAAAAUUAAAGUGCUAAUUAAACAGCAAAUGAAAUUGAAGAAUAGAUAGAAGCUCCAGAACUAAAAAGUAAAAUGACUGAGGAAAGCUUUAAUUCUAUAAAUGGUAUAUAAAUUAGAUAGGAAGAUAGUUAAGAAGAACUUGCAGUGUCAAAAUACGAAUGA